AUGGGUUAUGAAUCAGGGUUGAAAGAAUUUUAUCAACGAUGUGGAGUGGCUAGUGUUGAUAUCAACCAAGGUAUGCAAACGAUGUGUGUAUUGUGUCAUCUUUAUAAUUAAUUUCUAAUAAUUAAUUUUUUCUUUGUUUUAGCACUGGAUGAAAUGUCAUCACAGCCAUCCUUAUCUGGUAAACUGACCAUUUCCUUUAAUUUAUAAUGAUUUAUUACCUGUGCUUUAUCCCCCUAGUCAACACUCAAGUAAUUUCUCUGCUUGUAAUUUUAGAUUCAUCAUUUAAAGCUGUUUCUUGUAACAUCGACCAAUUUGCUGAUACAGAUCUUGAUGAAAGCUCCCCAAAUGCUUCCACAUUCCAAGGUAGUGUGUUAACAGAACUAACAGAAUUGUAACUAUGGUUGAGAUGUACAGGUAUUUAACAGAAUUUGUAACUGUAGUUGGGACUUGAGAUGUACAGGUAUUUAACAGAAUUGUAACUGUAGUUGGGACUUGAGAUAUACAGGUAUUUAACAGAAUUGUAACUAUAGUUGAGAUGUACAGAUAUGCAGCGACAUAUCACAGAAUUGUAACUAUAGUUGAGAUGUACAGAUAUGCAGCGACAUAUCACAUGGACUGGUUGUUCUGUUUUAAUCGUCCAAGGCCUGAUUUCCAUUUAGUUGUAACUGUCGUGAACAUAUCAAGGUGACCAAUGUAAUAUACAGUGUCAAUGUGUUUUUACAGUCUGUAAAAACACUGUAGAUCCAGAUUAUUUCACAUCGUUGAACAUGAUGUGGUCACAACAGUUAUGACGAAAUGUAAAGGCUUAAGAAAGGUCAUGCAAAGAAAACUGUUGAGGUGACAGCUGUUCACAGGCCCUUACGGUCAAAGAGAUUGUCAAUAACUCACAGUCAAGAACUUAGUGAAUUAAUUCUUUUGUUAUUACUAUUAUGUAGGUACAAGCAAUUUCUUGUUAAACAACCCAUCAUUUGUGGAGGAUUGUGGUGUUGAAGAUGAAGUGAAGUGCAACAAAGAUACAGGAGGCUUAAAAUCAUUGCAUUUUUGGUCACGAGGAAUAUUUUUUAUAGUGAGUGCUGGUGGCCAUAUAGAACACUGGCAGCCACUUCACAAGUGA